AAAAAAAGCAACUCUUUGACCCUUCUAGUAGUACCUACCUAGGACUGGCUUAGGAGAAAGGUACGUAUGCUGCUGUGCCCUGGCCCGUCCCACCCUGCCUCAUUCUUUUAUAUUUUCAUACUUCUUCCUUCCCUCUCUCCCUCUCUUCUCCUCUCCAUCUUGAUACAUACAAACAUACAUACUCCGACUAUACCACCUAGCUACCUACCUAGCUAUUUACCUAACUACUUGCUUACCUGGCCUGUCCCCCAGUUACCUUCCAACCCACUCUCUCCGCCACUCCAUCAACCUGGUCGUUCGUCGUUGACGUUCUCGGCCGCCGACAAUCCUCGAUUUCUCGUGAUCCCUUAAGGCGACGAAGCCCCCCUACUUCCCUUGGUCAGGGCCCCUUUCAGCACUCCCAAGGUCACAGAGAUGUCUACUGCUCCUGCUGCUCCGGCCUCCGCCGGCCAGGCGCUCGAGAAGAAGCCUGUCAAGUUUAGCAACCUGCUCUUGGGUGCAGGAUUGAACCUCUUUGAGGUCACAACCUUGGGUCAGCCGCUGGAAGUGAUCAAGACGACCAUGGCUGCAAACCGGGGCGAUAGCUUCGCGGGCGCUAUGGCUCGGAUUUGGGGUCGUGGCGGGAUGCUCGGUUAUUAUCAAGGUCUCAUUCCGUGGGCCUGGAUUGAGGCCUCCACCAAGGGUGCCGUCCUCCUUUUCGUCGCAUCGGAGGCAGAGUUCCGUGCCAAGGUUCUUGGUGCGCCCGACUUCGCCGCUGGUAUCGCGGGAGGUAUGGUCGGUGGUAUCGCACAGGCAUACGCGACCAUGGGUUUCUGCACCUGCAUGAAGACAGUUGAAAUUACCAAACACAAGAUGGCCGCCCAGGGCGUAAAGCCCCCCAGUACCUUCGCUACUUUCAUGGAUAUUUACCACAAAGAGGGCAUCCGUGGUAUCAACCGCGGUGUCAACGCCGUCGCCAUUCGCCAGACUACCAACUGGGGAUCCCGCUUUGGUUUCUCUCGCUUGGCUGAAUCCGCCAUUCGCAAGGUUACCAACAAGGAGGAUAACCAGAAGCUGAAUGCCUUCGAGAAGAUUCUGGCUUCUGGUCUGGGCGGUGGCCUUUCUGCUUGGAACCAGCCUAUUGAGGUGAUCCGUGUCGAGAUGCAGAGCAAGACUGAGGAUCCCAACCGCCCCAAGAACCUCACUGUGGGUAAGGCUGCCAAGUACAUCUACGACAACAAUGGCAUCAAGGGUCUCUACCGGGGUGUGGCUCCCCGUGUGGGUCUCGGAAUCUGGCAGACGGUCUGCAUGGUGGCUCUGGGUGACAUGUAAGUGGAACAAACUUUUCCCUUGCCCUGAACUGUCAAUGCCCCGGACGGAGAACUUCCUCCGGGGGUGGCGCUCCGAUCUUCAUGUGAUUACCGAGGAGUGAACUGGAACUAACGUGUGGGUCUCCGUUCCCCCGAAUAGGGCCAAGGAAGCAGUCGAAAAACUGACGGGCGACAAAGUCACCGCUAAGCACUAGAGAAGGUUUGAGAUACCCUUCUGCCAUGUGCGGUCUCGGUCGGAGGGCGGAUAGUUACUGUUUGGGCG